UACGUCCUAUUGGUCCAGAGCGUGGCGUAGGCAUGGAGAAAACAUCCCGUCGACGGGGAGUUCGCCUCCAGUAGCGUUUCUAUUGGUGCCACCCCCGCCUCCGCCCCGCCCCGCGGCCCUCCCUUUUCUUCUCUGCCGGGUAAUGGCUGCUUCCAAGACCCAGGGGGCUGUCGCCCGAAUGCAGGAAGACCGUGAUGGGAGCUGCAGCACAGUCGGGGGUGUAGGUUAUGGGGACAGUAAGGAUUGUAUCCUGGAGCCGCUUUCCCUGCCAGAAAGUCCAGGUGGCACCACCACUUUAGAAGGUUCUCCAUCUGUGCCUUGUAUUUUCUGUGAAGAACAUUUUCCUGUGGCUGAACAAGACAAACUUCUGAAGCACAUGAUUAUUGAGCAUAAGAUUGUCAUAGCUGAUGUCAAGUUGGUUGCUGAUUUCCAAAGGUACAUUUUAUAUUGGAGGAAAAGGUUCACUGAACAGCCCAUCACAGAUUUUUGUAGUGUGAUAAGAAUUAAUUCCACUGCUCCAUUUGAAGAACAAGAGAAUUAUUUUUUGUUAUGUGAUGUUUUACCAGAAGAUAGAAUUCUUAGAGAAGAGCUUCAGAAACAGAGACUGAGAGAAAUUCUGGAACAACAGCAGCAAGAACGAAAUGAUACCAAUUUUCAUGGCGUUUGUAUGUUUUGCAAUGAAGAAUUCCUUGGAAACAGAUCUGUUAUUUUGAACCACAUGGCCAGAGAACAUGCUUUCAACAUUGGAUUGCCAGACAACAUUGUAAACUGCAAUGAAUUUUUGUGUACAUUACAGAAAAAGCUUGACAAUUUGCAGUGCUUGUACUGUGAGAAGACCUUCAGGGACAAAAAUACACUUAAAGAUCACAUGAGGAAAAAACAGCAUCGUAAGAUUAAUCCUAAGAACAGAGAAUAUGACAGAUUUUAUGUCAUCAAUUAUUUGGAACUUGGAAAAUCGUGGGAAGAAGUUCAGUUGGAAGAUGAUCGGGAGUUGCUGGACCAUCAGGAAGACGACUGGUCUGAUUGGGAAGAAUACCCUGCCUCUGCCGUCUGCUUAUUUUGUGAAAAGCAAGCAGAAACAAUUGAGAAGUUGUAUGUCCACAUGGAGGAUGCACACGAAUUUGAUCUUCUCAAAAUAAAGUCAGAACUUGGAUUAAAUUUCUAUCAGCAAGUGAAACUGGUCAAUUUUAUUCGGAGGCAAGUUCACCAAUGCAGAUGUUAUGGCUGCCAUGUGAAGUUCAAAUCCAAAGCAGACUUAAGAACUCACAUGGAAGAAACUAAACACACUUCGCUGCUCCCCAAUAGAAAGACGUGGGAUCAACUGGAGUAUUAUUUUCCAACCUAUGAAAAUGACACUCUCCUGUGUACACUAUCUGACAGUGAAAGUGACCUGACAGCUCAGGAACAAAAUGAAAAUGUUCCCAUCAUCAGUGAAGAUAUAUCUAAACUGUAUGCUUUGAAACAAAGCAGUAUUUUGAACCAGUUGCUACUACAAGAGUACUUGAAAAACUAGAAGAAACUACCACAGAAGCAAUUUUUCAUGUUUUUCUCCUAUGAGACAGACAUGAAAGAAUAAAUUUAAACAAAAUAAAAGUUAAAUUUGAACAUCAACAAAA